CCUGUGCAUGACUUUUUUCUUUGUCACCCUGCGCCUACACGGGUGCUGCCACAAGCUAUCCAUCCGCGGUACAUUGUGGACAUUGGGCCGCUGAUGAGCUUAACAUCGAGAUGACGGGCCAAGCACGUUGCUGGCGCGCCUGAUCGCCAUCGGAGGAAGUGGGCGGUGCCAGGUGUUGUGACAUCAUACCCGAACAGAGCCUCCCGCCUGAUCCAGUAAACGCUGCUUGUUUAGCCAGCUAGUCUAGAGGAGAUUAUCCUCAAAUCGUCGCUAUGGCUGACGGUGGAACCUCGCCGGACAAUUAAAGCAACUAAAUAUCAGCUAUGGAUGUGACUUUCAUCUUAUCAGCCGUCAUCUUCACGCUGCUUGCCCUGGUGGUCGCGACGUCGUUGCUGAACGGUUCCUCCAGGUCGUCAUCGUCCGGGAGUUACCCGUCUGAACCGAUCGCGGACACCGGAAAAGGAGGCGAGACGGUGGCCAAGCAGAACGGACACAUACCGGAGAACACCAAGCAGGGGAAAGCUAAGGAGACGGCGGACUGGUGUGAGCUGAGCGGCAGCUCCCACGACCACUGGGACGUGGUCAAAUCUGUGCUAUCAGAGGAGGCGGAAAUCCGUCCCACCAGCGAGGAGCCGGAGCCAGCGCCGGUUGCGGCGGCCGUGACCGAGCGCUCCUCCUCCUCCUCGGCAGCAUCCAGCCUGUCCGUACCGCAGCCCGACUCCAGGCACGGCAGCUUUGACUCAUCGUCCGAGGCAUCGUCAGGGCGCGGCCGGCGCUCCUUCAUCGGGCUCUCUGAUCAGGAGCUCCUAAAGUGUGCUUUCUCUUCCCCCCAGACCAACGGAGACACAGAGAGCCCGGGAGUCAAUGAUAAAUCAGAGUUCCAAGCCAACAACUCUUUGAAAUACAUCCCCGGAAAGUCGCGCUCCCACCAUAUGGAGAUGAUGAUGUCCAAAGAGGAGCUAGAGGAGGAACAAAGGGUGCAGCGGGAACAGCUGGCCGCCAUCUUCCAGCUGCUUAAGGACAACACGGAGACGUUCGGCGACGUCUCCGAGGGCGACAUGGAGGAUCAGCUUCGUCUCUACUCCAUUUGAGGAGGACGAGAGACAACCACGACGUCACUUGCGCUGCCUUACCUCGCCGACCAAAUUCACUAAAACACUUGGGUGACAGUAUUCCAGCAGCCGCUAAUUUGUUAUGACAGAAACAAGUGGUCCAUUUGUAUUAUUUUGGCCGUUGUUCCCCGAAACCAAGUGAGCAACUCCAAAUAUAAACUUAAUUUUCACCCGUGUAGCACUCUGCUGUUGUAUAAUAAAUAUAAACUGAACAUGCA